GUCCCCUGCACCGACUACAUCGCACUCCGGGAUCGCCAGCGCUCGGCAAGUGGGUGGACCAUUCGUUGCUCCGCCCCGUGGCCUGCGCGCUUGCGGAGAGGUCCAAGGUCAGAGGUUGCGGAGCCGUCAUGGCGGCGCUGUGCCGGACCCGUGCCGUAACUGUGGAGAGCCAUCUCCUGCGAGUGUUUCUCUUCUCUCGGCCCUGUCGAGGCUCAGGCACUGAGAGUAGCUCCGGGAGUGAGAGUUCCGAUUCCACAGAGCCUAAAAUGCGCCAAGGCGGCUUCGCGAGCGCUUUGGAGCGGCAUUCGAAGCUGUCCCGGAAGGCGGAGCUCGGGCUGAAGGCAGGCUCUCCAAAAAAUGUGGAAUCCUUUGCAUCUAUGCUGAGACAUUCUCCUCUUACACAGAUGGGACCUGCCAAGGAUAAACUCGUCAUUGGACAAAUCUUCCAUAUUGUGGAGAAUGAUCUUUAUAUAGAUUUUGGUGGCAAGUUUCAUUGUGUAUGUAGAAGACCAGAAGUGGAUGGAGAAGUUCAACCAAACUACUACUUUGUACUGAUUCGUCGAUGUAAUUUUUUUACUCUGCUGCGGAUUGUCAAGCACAAGCAAGCUUAUCCUGUCCUGUCUGAUUUCCCACUCUCUACCAGCUCGUAAUGAUACGAGAAAAUAAGUAUCGGCUACCAAAAUCAGACAAAAGUGUCACCAAAAAAGAGAACUACAGGCUAAUAUCGCUCAUGAACUUGGAUGCAAAAACCCUUAACAAAAUGCUAGCAAUCCAAAAAUAAUUUUUUUUUAAAAACAAGUUCAUUCCAGAGUCUGCUUGUUGGUUUUCAUGGAGCUCUUGUACGUGUUUUAUGUUUAUUCCCAGGUAUUUUAUCUUUUUGUUGUUAUUUUGCCAGUGGUGUCUUAUUCUAAUUUUUGUUUGCGUAUUUUGAAGACUGCUUGAUUUUGUGUUAAUUUUGUAUCUAAUUGCCUUCCUAAAUUUAUAGUUUGUAUUACUUAUUGUUUUAAUUAUUUUGGAUUUUCCAGGGCCACCAUCAUCUGUGAACAAAACAUAUCUCCCCCCCUUCCUAAUUUUUAUGCUUUUUAUUUCUGUUUUCUAAAUACAUUGGCCAGAAUGGCACUUCUCAUAAUUAAAAAGCUUCUCUCUGUUGCUAAAUGUGAAAAGAAAUAUAACAGCAUGAUUUUCAUUACCUCCUCAAGUUACAGUGAAAUUUAUUUUUGAAAUUUUAAUUUGGGAAAAAGUAUUUAGGAAGCAGUGAAGUUAUAAUGGAAAUACAUAUGUUUUGGAGCUAGACAGACCUGGGUUCAAACCUGGUUCUGCCACUUACCAAGUUAUUUCAGUUCAAUUAUUUAACUUCUCUGGACUGCUUAGCUCCUCUAUAAAGUAGGGUUGAUAAUUCUUGCUUUUCAAACACAUCAACAUUUCUUGAGUUUCUUCAAUGUGCCAAGCACUCUGUUAUAUGUGUUAAGUAGCUCUAAGUCUCAAAACAAGCCUGAGAAGUAAGGUAAUAGAAUAUGGUUAAAUCCCACUGGUAAGCAUUUUAUACAGAUUACUUAAGUAACAGAUCUAGUUGGUAAUUUUCAGGUGGAAGAAGAAUGAGAUGAGCCCAAAAGAGAGGUAACAGAUUAUUGCCAUUGUCAAGGUGUGAUAUUUGGAUGAUUUAGCUUUGAGCAGUGACAUUGGGAUGUAAAGGAAAGAAUGAGUUCAUGAAAUAUUUAGAAAAUAGUAAGCAAUGGAAUUGGUGUUUAAAAUGGAACAAUUAGGGUCAAGGAGGGUUUUUAGAUUUCCAUCUUAAGAAUCUUUAAGUGAAAUUUGGUCUUGAAAUUGUUAGACCCUUUUGGAUUGGUCCCUAACACAAAUUAGGUUUAGUAGUUUUAGGAAGAUUUCUCAUCUCCUGUCUUUCACUCUCAUUGUAAAAUGGGGCUUUACAGUAAUGUACCUUGUGGAGUUGUUUUAAGGACUUAAUGAGUUAAUAUUAAAAAUAUUGACAAUAGCACUUGGCAUAUAUUAAAUGUUAGUUGUUUUUCUUCUAGUUUGCACAGGAUUACAUGCAUGGACUUGCUUUUUCUUUUAUUCUCUCAUAGCUUUUUAGACCAUAUAGUUUCUUCUAUGUUGUUUGGAAAAAUGGUUAAGUCACUCAUUAUUUUAACAAUUAAUGUGGUUUUUACACUUAUUCAAAUAAACAUGGAAGUAAAGGAGGAAAGCUCUGGAGCUACACAUUUGCAUUGAGUUGAAUCCUUGACAUGAAAGUGAUAUGUACAAUCUGGGGGAAACUGGGGUAGCCACAGCAGAGAACGUAACUAACAGGAGUAUGCCACCCUGGAAAUGUAAACUGCAAUAAAAAUACAGUGUUCCUAUAAAAUAUUAGAGGAAUGGCCAACUCUUUUGAAUCUUUCUUAAUAAAGUUUCUUUUUAAUUGCAGAACUACAGAAAGUAGUGUAACAGCUGCCUGAAUGUCCACCACCUAGAAUUAACAGACUCUGACCUUUUGGUGAUGGUGGUGGUUGUGGUGGUGGUGGUGAUUUUACUUCAGACUUCCUUUUAAUCAAAGAAACAGAUAUCAGUAGGUUAAAAAAAAUGGAAGUCCCCUUUUAUAUAGUUGGGUGAAGCUAAACUGAAACAAAUCCCAGAAUUCUACUGGCUUAACCACUAUUUCUCACUCACAUAAUCACUGCCAUGUAACUAUUCCUGGUUGGUAGCUGGCAUUUCAUGUGGGGAUAUAAAGAGCCAGACUCUUUCCAUUUUAGGACUCUACCACCUUCAGCACAUGGUUCCCAAGGUCAUAGUGCUCAUGCGUAAUAAGCAGAUGGAAAAGUAAAGAGAGAUUGUGGAAGGCACUCCCACUGUUUAAGGUCCUUGGUCUUCAUGUGACAUGCCUCAUUUCUGUUCAUAUUUCAUUAGUGAGGAAAAGUCACAGGACCUCAUCUAGAUGUAAGGGGGCUUGGAAAUAAAAUCCUUGGCCUCCUGGCAACAGCUUACGAAGAGAGCAUACAAAUCUUUGAUGAACAGCUAGUUUUCUCUGGUAUCUUUACUUUGUUCAGCUUCCCUGUACUAUUUAUAUUUACCUUUCUCUCCAGAGGCGACUACCAUCUUGAAUAUGUAGCAUAUACUUCAGGUUCUUAUAUUUUUGCUAUGUGUAUACAUAACCAUAAAGAAUACAUAUUGCUUUAUAUGUGUUUUUGUUUGUGUUUAAUUUUGUGUCACUUUGUAAC